GAAAGAAAAAAAAAGAAAGACGAAGCGUGCAAAACGUUUAGUUAAAAAGAACGGUUUUCGUAUUUUGUUGGUAAUAUUGAUCAACCAUCAUGACGCCGAAUUCGAGAUUUGGUUCAUUCAGUUUCGCGCCUUCGAGUGAAUCUCGGUUGUCGAGUUUCAUUGGAUUUGCUGGACGUGUUGAUUUCAUUUCACUCCGUUUGAUAUUGACCAUAAAUUCUACUUUCAAAAACUUUUAAGAAAAAAAAAAGAUCUUGAUUUAUUCAUGUAUCGAAACAGAUCUGUGAAAGGGUUCGUAUCCCCUUUAAUCGUUCAGUCAGAGACAAGUAAAAAUGAGAUAUCUAAGUGUCAGGAAAAAGUAACAAGUGAAUUGGUGAGCAAGCCUUUUCGAAGUAACUCACAAAUUUUGAAAUUGUUCGAGAAGGCAACUCAAGAAAGUGAGAUCGGACACAAUAAUUUUCAGGUGGAAAACGAUUUAUCGAGAAAACGAGAAGCCAGUGUUUCAGUAUGCCAAAAUACAUCUGCUGACUUGUCCGAAACGACAGCAAAAAAUGUAAGUAUUUUAACAAUAAAAACAAAAUAUCGAUUUUACUUGCUACAAAUAAAUAUCUCUUCUAGUACUUUUAAUGUAGUAUAUGGCAAAAUAACUUCGAAAAAACACAAAAUAUGGGACGGAGAUGGUUUUUUAGAGAUAAUUGGCAAGAAUGCAAUUCUUAAGGAUUUAGAUGGCAAUACCAUGGGAAGAACUAUGAUCAAUUUCAGCAAUGUGACAGAAGGCUCUAAGUUAAUUAUAGGAAAUAAACAAAUUGAAAUUGUAGAUCAAAUGUUGCAAGAUUUACCUAUAUUAGAAAAAAAUUCUAAAGAAAUAAUAGAGGAACCACUACAAAAAAAAUUCAAAUCAUCUACUAGAUUUGUAUCAAAAGAUGACAACACUGAAUUGUACGAGAAAAAAGAAUCAACUAGUUCACCUGAGACAAAAAUAAAAACCAUAUUCAAUGUGAUAUAUGGUAAAGUAUCUUCAAAGAAACAUAAAACAUGGGAUGAUGAUGGUUUCUUAGAAAUAAUUGGCAAAAGUGCGAUUCUUAAGGAUUUGGAUGACAAUAUUAUAGGAAAAAUUACAAUUAAUCCUAAUAAUGUGAUGAAAGGUUCUAAAUUAAUUAUAGGAAACAAACAAAUUGAAAUUAUAGAUCAGAUGCAAGAUUUGUUUAUAUUAGACAAAAAUUCCGAGGCAAUAGAAGAACCACUACAAAAAAAUUUUAAAACAUUUACUAGACUUGCAAAAGAAGAUAACAAUGCUGAAUUGUACAAGGAAGAAAAAUCAACCAAUUCACCUGAGACAAAGAUAAAAACUAUAUUCAAUGUGAUGUAUGGCAAAAUAUCUUCGAAGAAGCACAAAACAUGGGAUGGCGAUGGUUUGCUAGAAGUUACUGGAAAAAGCGGAAUUCUUAAGGACUUGGAUGGUAACAUUAUGGGAAGAACUAUAAUCAAUUCAAGCACUGUAGCAGAAGGCUUUAAAUUAAUUAUAGGAAACAAACAAAUAGAGAUUAUAAAUCAGUUAUCCCAAGAACAAUAUGUACCAGAGAAUAAUAUCGAGAAAAUGGUAGAGGAAUCAAGAAAGAAAGUUAAAGUAUCUAUUGCACAAGCAUUUACGUCGUUGCAAUCAUCUGCAAAAGCAUUGAAUACCGAGCCUUUAGUGAUGCCUUAUUUGAAUUCUGCUGAAUUGAUAAGUCAAGAGGAGCAUGAAGUCUCAGUGGAUUCUUGUUUAGUGACAAAGCUUCGAGAACAUCAGCGUUAUGGAAUAGUGUUUCUUUAUGAAUGCUUAAUGGGAUUAAAAGUGCCAGAUCACUUUGGUGCAAUUUUGGCCGAUGAAAUGGGCCUCGGUAAAACUUUACAAUGCAUUACGUUAAUUUGGACGAUGUUGAAAAAAGGCCCAUAUGGAAGACCGAUUGUGAAACGUGUGUUAAUAAUAACACCUAGUAGCUUGUGCAGCAACUGGGAAAAAGAAUUUGUGAAAUGGUUGGGUUCCCAUAGGAUAUUUCUUUAUAUUGUGAAUGGAAAAAAUAGACCCAAGGAUUUUAUCAAAUAUCCGAGGAAUUCAGUAAUGAUUAUUAGUUAUGAAAUGUUCAUCAAAUGUCAUAUAGAGAUUGAUGAAAUCGCUUUCGAUUUGAUUGUGUGCGAUGAAGGCCAUAGAUUGAAAAAUAGCAAUGUAAAAGCAGCAAAACUGUUACGUGAGAUUAAUUGUAAAAAACGAAUUAUCUUAACGGGCACUCCUAUACAGAAUGAUCUGAAGGAAUUUUAUGUGCUGAUCGAUUUAGUUAAUCCUGGCAUUCUUGGCACUUCUGCUGAAUACAAGAAUUAUUAUGAGAAUCCUAUUGUCGCUUCUCAGUGCCCUUAUGCUAAUGAUGAUGUUGUCAGUUUGGGAACUCAAAGAUCUACGGAAUUAUACGAACGCACCAAAUCUUUUAUUUUGCGCCGUACACAAAGAACGAUAAAUAAAUAUCUGCCGCAUAAAUAUGAAAUAGUCUUAUUCUGUUCUUUAUCUGACAAGCAAAAAGAUUUGUAUUCUCUUGUGACUGAUGUUUGGUUCAACAAAAUUUGUAUAGAAGACAAAAGUAAUAUACAUUUGACUAUCAUUACUGCUCUAAAAAAAAUUUGUAAUCAUCCAAACCUGUUCUUAAAUAAUAAAGAAAACACAUUAUAUAAUGCUUUGUUAAAGACAUCAUGUAUAUCACAGAUGAAAUAUGACGAAAAUUUUACCAAGUAUUGCGGGAAAGUCACAAUUCUACAGAUACUAAUGAGAAAUUUGAAAAAGACUGAUGAAAAGUUAGUGUUAGUCUCUUAUUACACACAAACGCUUGAUCUUCUUGAGACUAUAUGCAAUAUAGAAAGAUUAAAAUUCUUAAGAUUAGACGGCGCUACUUCAAGUUCUGCACGAUCAAAAAUUACUGAAAAAUUUAAUACACGAACUGAUAAUAGCAGAGUUCUUUUGUUAAGUGCAAAGGCGGGUGGUGUUGGUCUGAAUUUACCUGGAGCAUCUAGACUUGUAUUAUUUGAUUCUGAUUGGAAUCCUGCAUCUGAUAUACAAGCAAUGUCAAGGAUUUGGAGAGAUGGGCAGAAGAGAGAUGUUUAUAUCUAUAGAUUAUUGACUACAGGUACAAUAGAAGAAAAGAUAUAUCAAAGACAAAUUAGUAAAGCUAAUCUGAGUGAGGCUGUGAUGGAUUUGAAUCAUCUUGGAUCUCUAAAAUUAUCAGCUGAAGAACUAAAGAAUUUAUUUACAUUGGCAAAUGAUACAAUCUCAUUAACACAUGAUUUGAUGAAUUGUUCUUGUUUCGACAGUAAUGAAUCUUUGGAAAAAUUGAAAGAAGUGAAAAGUAAUGAGAAAAAAUUGAAAAGUAAUGAGACGCGCGAUUGUCAAUUUAUGCUGUAUAACAAAUCUCAUAAAAAUUUAACUAUAAAUCAGCUUCAAGAUUGGCAACAUUAUAAGCAACCUAUUCCAUCUGACAUUUUACAGGACAUUAUGUUAACAGAGGCAAAAGAUAAUAUAACAUUUAUAUUUAAAAAUUCUACAAUGCAAUAAAUUGAUUAAGUAAUAAAGAAUUAUAUAAUCAUACAUUGUGAUAUUUAAAAAUAUAUUCCAUUAUACAUACAUUUCAUAAACAUUUUAUAUACAUUUUAAAAUACAUAUCAAAUGUCAAUAUCUGUAAUUUAUUUAAAAAAUAAUAUAAAAUAUUUCAUAUUGUUA